GAAAUUAAAGGCAGGAUGUCUUACGGUAAGGGCCUCAGUGCGUCCUCGUCACAAGGGCUUGUCAGCGAGACUCAUGGACAUGGUCCCUGUGCAUUAGCACCCGGUAUCCACAGAGAAAGGGUGUUCAAGAAGUUUGCAAGCUUUAGACGAUCAGACAGAUUUCCUACCUGCUGGGCAAAGCGCUCUAAGACUGCAAGGACAUCAGCCAGCGCGGGGAAUGAGAACGGAGCGCCUGGAAGCCUCACAGGAGAGCUGAACACGGCCGUCCAGGAUGCCAAAGAACACAGGAAGUGGGCACGGGCCAUAGUGGUAGAGAACAAGGCGGAGUCAGCGGAUGGGCAGAUGCGGACUCUGGUGCUGAGCGUGGAGGACCAUGUCAACUACCUGGAUGGCAGGAAGAUGCGGCGGCGGCAGGAGGGGCCGCGGUGGGUGGAUGCAUACAAGGUGCCGGGACAGUUUGUGGGCAUCCGCUACCCGCCAGACCCCAUCUCCGACUCAGCCGCGGCCUCCUGCGACGCAGGCGAUGGGCCGUCCACCAGCGCGCCAGCGGCCGGCUCGGACGGCGACCCGCCCGGUGAUCCGCCCACGGCGCGCACCCUUUUCGCCAUCUCCUCCUCCCCCUACUCCGCCAGGAGAGACUCUGCCAACCUGGACGCCUCCAUCAUCGAGCUGCUGGUGCACCGGGACGGCUGUGAGGACAACCGGCGGCUGGCGUGCCUGGGGCCCGGUUCGCUCAUCGAGGUCAGCGAAGUAAUGGGGCGCGGAUUUGCCUCGCUGUUCAACAGCUAUGUGGGAUUACUAAGCGGCCUGGAGGACGCGCGGAACCUGCUUCUAAUUGGCGCCGGCUGCCGGGGGAUCGCGCCGUUGCGCGCGGCCAUAGAGUGGACGCCGGUUCAAGCCCACUCCACUGCGCGCCGGGUCACCCUUUUUUACUUUGCUCCCUCUGCCCUGUCCGCCGCCUACCUCAAAGACUGGGACUCGUGGCGGGAUGCCGGCGUGCAAGUGCACCCUAUUUACUUAGAGGGCAGCAACGGCAGCCCAGCGCCUGACAUCUGGGAGGCGGUGCGCGGGGCGGUGCUGGGGGGACCGGGGGGACUCAUGGGGUCUGUAGGGGGGGACCCGCGGGACUGCACCGUACUGGUGGCCGGCCUGCCGGGAGAGGCGGCCGCGGCGCUCAGCCGCGCUUUGACGUCGGAAGGGGUCGCCGGCGAACGGGUCCUCUUCUGUGACUUCUUCUGAAGAAGGAUUCAUGAUGUUUGAGCACGCUUGGGAGUUUUUGAACACCAAGCCAGCCAGCAGCGUUGCUGGACUGCUGAUUGUUGUGUGGUGCCAUGAUGAAUGCACUGGUUGCAGGAAAAUGAUUGCUCUUCUGUGACUUUUUUCUGGCAACGCUCUCAGACAUGGCUUUUUUCAGCUGCUAGGGAGUGUGAAGGGACAUACUUCUUCUCAGCCGUGGUGAAUGCUCUGCUUUCAGCACAUGUGGAGGGUCUCGCUCGCAGACCGGUGUGCGCCAGUCAUGCACGAGGCAAGCGGCUCAUUCUUGAAAUCUUUUCGAUCC